AUGCCGACUCGGACAUCAACACGUCAAGCCGCCGUCAAGGCCAAUAAAGCGUUCAGUCAAGGCGCGGGUACGAAGCGCAGAGGAUCUUCGUCAAGCCAGAUACCGCCAAAGAGAGGCAAAAAGGAUGUAAAGCCUAAUGAAGCGAACAAUUACCAGAAGCCUACGGUGACUGAAGAGGCACAGGAGAUUAAACCAGUUGAUGGUAUUACCAAGCCUCAGGGUACCAUUAAUGAGCAGCCUACCGAAGCUCCGCCUGAGAAAGUUGUUGAGCCGGCACAGGAAGAGGAGGUGAAAGAGGAGAAAGAGGAAAAGAAGGAAGAGCCUGAAAAGAGCGUCAAUGCCGCAGGCAAGGCAGGAGAGGAAGAGGAGAAACCAGCCACGGAAGAAUCACAAACCGCCAUCAAAGUAUCCCCAGAACGAGAAGACAUACUUCCCUCCAGCAUCCUCGAGAAAGGGAUUGUCUACUUCUUCUUCCGUCCUCGUGUGAAUGUAGAGGAUUCUCACAGUAUCAGUGACGUUGCGCGCAGUUUCUUUGUUCUGAGACCAACACCUAAAGGAGCCAAGAUCGAAGAUGGACCGAUCGGAGAUGAUACGGCCAGUUGUCGACUACUGGUACUCCCCAAAAAGAGAUAUCCUGCUUCGGGAAGAGAACGCGACAUGGGGUUUGUCGAGAAAGCCAAGGUUCCUUUGAAAACGAUCCGCGAGAGUCUGAUGACGCCAACGACUUACGAGACCAAAACUCGUGGCGAGCGCACAAGACCAGAGGCACGCCCAUAUGCUGAGGGUGUUUAUGCACUUGUGAAGGAAGGUCGGAAUUCUCAUUUAGCCUAUAUCCUAACGAUUCCACGGCAACUAGGCGACGUGCAGAGUGAUUUCGGUAUUCAUGGUCGGGGCAGCUUCAUUAUUCAGUCGAAGAAUCCUGAAUAUCCCGGCCCGCCUAUUGCUCAGCUACCGCAAGGGCCGGAAUAUCCAAAGGAAUUCCAGGAAAAGUUCAAAGGCUACCGCUGGAUACCCACGGAGCCAGAACUCUUAGACUACCCCAAUGCUCAAUUCUUGAUGAUAGGCGAAGCUCACGGCAAUCUCGGAAAAGCCGGUGAAGCUCAUAUAGACGACAAAGGCACAAAAGAAGACCCUGCUCAGGAGCUUGAUCAACUGGAGAGAGAGAAUGAAGAAAGGGUUGAUUCUCUAGCUGGUGAUCACUCCAUCUUUGAGGAUUUGGGCGCCGAAGCGAAGAAAUAUGAGAGCGUACCUUCAGAAUGGGAGUAA